AAAGCAAGUCUUAAUGCCGCCGCUGGUGCUUAAAGCUUAUAGAGACAAACAACCAAUCGACGAACGUUCCUUCCAGUUCUUGAAGUCGACAAGCAAUUCCAGAACGGAACCAAACGUUAGUAGCAGCUGGCGGAACAAUACUAUGCAGGAACAUGUCAUCGACACAGUGGUCUCUCUUGCUCAGUGGGGAUCCAUGAUUAUUUUUGAUUAUCUAACUGCUAACUAUGACAGGGUUGCAAGUAUGCAGGAUGGAGCCUAUAAGGAAAAUAAACCCAGUAUUAUUGAGGAAUCCAUCAGAAAUUUGCGAUUAUCAAAACAGGAGAACAAACUCUGGUUGAUAGAUAAUGAAAGUGGACUGUUUGAUGCCUAUGAUUUGAUGUACCGAAGCCAAAAUAGCGGACAGAGGUUUGUCAAGUUCCACAACGAUAUGCUUCACACAAUGUGCAUCUUCCAGCGACAAGUGGUAGAACAGCUUCGAGAUCUUCACAGACAAGGACCUGCACAGACCACACUGGAGAAGUGGGCAGAGAGCAAAGAGCCGUUACUGAAGUCAAUUGAAAGAGACUCUAGCUACGCGUUGUUUAAAAGACAUUUUCCCCAUCGUCUGGGCACCGUGUUAAAAUGGAUACGUUACUGUGAAAAAAGGACAACGGAAAGAUGA